UCAACAUCCCAGCGGCUGAUUGCUGAGGCGGUGGAAAUUGCCAAAUCUGAUGACUGCGUGAAUAGAAUUGAGGGGGUAGAAUUCCCUAAUGCAUGGCGGGCGGUUUUAGGCCGGCCAGCUUGACGAGCAUCGAUGCGUGGAUCAGAUUGAAAAGUGCAAACCGACUCCCAUUGUCAACACUAUGGGCCUAUCCGUCAAUGUCAUGACGCACAAAGGAACACCUGGACUAUUCCCACUGUGUUUAAACCACCUGAGGUGACAUCCCGAACUGUUCCUGUAAUGACUCAUGGCUCAAGACUCGGGUACCGCGGUUAUCGGCCCUGUUCGCUAUAAAAUCCCACACCAAUUGCACACUGAUUCACCUGGUCUGACGAAGCCAUUAUUUUAUUGGCGAAACGUUACCAAAAAUACUAUACCAACCGAUUGUUUCCAAACCUCUCUGAACUCAUGACUACUCGAUCGGUUCCAAGUAUCUUUCAAGAAUUUGAAACCAAUUACGGACCCCGUGUUCGAAAACUGUCAAGUGAAUUCGUUCGAUUGGCGGGACUUGAAGCGAACUGGGAGAAUCAUCGCGUUUUCAACAUGAGAUGUCUUAAGACAAACCUGAUCCCAAAAUGUCUCACAGUGAAACCUCCGGACAGCACGUACACCUCUGCAAGGAUUGCAUUUAAUGCUUCCAAGGCCUUUCUGAAACAGCGGAUUUACCUAGUGACAAAACGUUUAAGCGAGAUCCGCAUUGACGCGAGUCGGCUGAGCCUGGAUCUACAAACCGCCAUAACGCCUCUCGACUACAACAGAAUUUUCAAUAAGGCUUCAGACGUCAAAUUGAAACAAGGGCAGAAUGCAAAGAAAAGACAAUUGCGUAAGUUCGAACGUUUAAUGUCUGAGCAUCCUAAUUUUAUUGGUCCUACCGACAGUUCCGCGUCUAUUAGUACCUAUUGUAAUGUAGUUAAUAUGUCAGAUAGGGUUUUGAAUGAAACGGAAUGUAGAUUGUUGGAGAAAGGUUUGACAUUUACCAUCAAUAAACCUAAGAUAUAUGCCGAAGAGAUUAUCCCAAGCAUUGAGAGCGCGGUGACAAAGUUGCCCGCUACGAAGGCAGAGAAUAUUCGAGCACAGUUAGUAAAUAUCAUUAAGUUUCAGCAACCGGGUGAGCCAAAUCUUCCGCAGACUGAACGUAUCGCAUUAAAUUCCUUGAAGGAAGAUCGCAGCAUUGUACUUACAAAGGCUGACAAGGGAAAAACACUGGUUGUAAUGAAUAAGUCAGAAUACUUGGAAAAAAUGGGACAACACUUGGAGACGGGUCCAUAUAGAGUAGUUGUUGAUAAGACAGUGGCGUCGGUAAUGAACAAGAGUAAAACGGAGGUUGGUAACUAUUUAAGAACCGUGAAGGACGAUUUGGGGGCAGGCAAGUGGUACAGUCUCUAUCCAAAAUCGACUUUACCUCCGAGGGUUUAUGGCUUGCCAAAAGUUCACAAACCCGAAGUCCCCGUACGGCCCAUAGUCGACGGUAUUGGCUCCCCGACCCAUGAACUUGCUAGAUACUUUGCAAGACUAUUGCAGCCUCUAACAGGGCGAACGAGUGCAUUCGUGAAAAACUCUUAUGACUUCGCUCAAAAGAUAGCAAGUCUAAAAAUUGAGUCAGAUGAUUUGAUGGUCAGCUUCGAUGUCACAUCACUCUUCACAAAUGUACCCAAAGAAGAGGCGCUAGGAAUAGCAAGACGUUGUCUAAAUGAAGACGUCACUCUGAAUGAUCGGACGAAACUAACAGUUAACCAGAUAAUCGAGGGAAUGACAGUGUGUCUUAACAUGUCUUACUUCGUUUUUCAGUCGAAGCUUUACAGUCAGGAACAAGGUCUCGCAAUGGGAUCGCCAAUAUCCCCUGUACUGGCGAACCUGUAUAUGGAAGACUUCGAGAACAGGGCGUUAACA